AUGAAUCAUCCACAAGAAGAACUAGACGAUAAAAACUCAAGCCAAGUUCGAUUGCCCAAGCCCUCUUCACUCUUAUUAAAGCGUUUGGCUCCUAAACAUGGACACAAGAAGAAUUUGACUAUCAUGACCCCUUCUUACAAUGAAGAGACAGUUCAUGGCAUUCAAUCAGCUCCAUUGAAAAGAUCUGCCCUUCCUCCUUUCCAAACGCGUACUAUAAGGUUUCCAAGCCCUCCUAUUGUUCCUUCUCAACAACCUGCUUACAUGACACAAAAGCAGAAAUUUCUACAACCAUUUGAAUUUCUGUACGAUCACAUUGAACAGACCAGAACCUUGAAGUCCACAUUGGAUGACCAAAUUCGUCGUUCCCACUCUUUAAUACAAACAUUGCAGUCCUCAAGCACCAUGAUGGACUCUCUUGUACGUCGACAAGUACGUGAUGUGGUCGAACAACAAUUCGAGGCUCGUUUGCGUGAAUGCACUGAGCGUAUUUCUCGGUUAGAAUAUCGUGUCCCGUCAAAAGAUAGACCUAUUUCGCCUUCUGUGUCUCCUUCUCCUACCAACAACAAAGAACAAGAUAUGUUAACUCAGUUGAUGAGCAGAAUCGAUCAAUUAGAAUCCAAAUUAGUGGCUCAAAAAGAAAAAUAA